AUGCAAAAUGCAUAUCAACCAAUCUUUUCGCAAGCUAUAGAGAAUAUGGCAUUGAUUCCAAUUGUUAUGAUAAUUUUGUUACUUAUACUAUCAACGUGCUCAUGUGCAGCGAUAAGUUCCAGUGAAUCUACUAUUCAAACAGAACAAAAUGUAGACGGACCAAAAUACGGUAGUCAAGCUAAACGUCUUUUUCAAUCUCAUAAUUACAUUUCUACUCAUAAAGCGCUGGAUUAUUGGGCUAUUAGUCCGUACUAUAUUGCUCAACAAAACGAACGCUCUUGUUCUGUUGCAAGCAUUACAAUGAUUGUGAAUGCCGCUAGAGUAGCGAAAACGCUUACGUCAAAUGAAGAACUUGCAACUCAACAAUCUAUUUUAAAUCGAGUAAAUAGUCAAGAAUGGAACAGACAAGUCAGCUCUAAUGGUAUUGGUGUAACUCUCAAUCAAAUGAAACAACUGGUUGAAGCAAGUCUUAAAGCAUUUAAUAUACAAUAUAUCUCGGUUGAAAUUAUUCACACUAUGGAUUUGUCAGAGGAAACAAAACAAAAGUUUCACAAGAUUUUAAUCGAAAAUGAGAAUUCUUCGACAAACUUUCUCAUUGCAAAUUUUGACGGUAGCAUUAUUUUCGAUGAUGUUCAAUACGGUCAUUUUGCACCCAUUGCUGCAUACGAUGCUGAUCAUAGUCAAAUUCUUGUGAUGGAUCCUGAACGUCAGAAUUAUGAACCAUACUGGAUAUCUGAAGAUAUGUUGCUUCACGCAAUGGUAACACAAGAUCCAGAAAGUGCUCAGUAUCGAGGCUAUAUAUGGAUAAAAAUCUUUGAAUGA